UUUUACUAGCUCCAACAGCACCAUCUCAGGCAGGUGGUGUGCGCUUUAAAAGCAUACAGUAGGCUAAUGUUUAGGUCGAUAGGUAGGUAGUAGUAGGGAAGUAAACACACUGUAGGUUUUUUAUUUUGCCGUUGUUGUUGUUUUUUUGUUUUUUUUUUUUAUUUGGAGGGGGGUCGGUAGUUUUUGCGCUGCGUGCCAAUGCGCUCCAUUUGCGCCCUAGCGGAGUCGCAGCAGAUGAGAUGAACGUCGGGGUUCCCCUCUCCGAGCCAGACACUUUGUGUUUCACGGUCAGCGGCGAACUAGACAACUGCUCCUUCAUCAUGCAGCCGCAGAGAAGAGACGGAAAAGCCCUACGUGUUGAUUAUUUCAUCUCGCCAGCGGCUCGGCUCUGAAUGAGAAAGACGGACGGACAGAAAGAGAAAGACCUCCCCGGCCACAUCCUGGAGCUGCCUCCACUUCUUCUUCUCCUUCUUCUCCUUCUCCUUCUCCUUCUUCAUCCGCCGGUGUGUUACGGAGAAUAUGAUAUGCUGAGGACAUUUUUUGGAAGUGGUCGUGCCUUUUGUUUGCAUAUCGGGAUAUGUAAUAUGCGGAUCUGCAGGCGCCACGAAGCCCAAACGAGCGGACGUAUUUUUUUUCUGCUUUGAAAAUGAGGAAGCGAUUUCAUAAAGACCCAGAAAAUGGCAAGAAGGUCUCCUCGUCCGUGGGCCCGGAUUUGAGCAAAAUGAGAAGGAAAGGGGCAAAUGCAACAGCGGCGUGAGAUUUAUAUAUAUAUAUAUAUAUAUUUAUUUUUCCUCCCUCCUCACAGGAUGACACCAAAUGAGGUAAAACUGUGGGGGUUAGACGAGAUGCAGCAUCAAUGAUCUGGACAAGUUUUGAGUCGCUCAUAAUGAACAGAAAUACUUUGCAGCUCGAUAUCGGAUCGUCUCCACAAUAUUGAAAGAAUAUAUAUUUUUUUUCCUUCUUUUUUUGGGGGGGAGGGGGGGGAGGGAGACUCUUCUGAUUCACAUUUUUCGCACUGCAUCCAUCAGCUUUUUCCAUUGCAUUUGAUUUAUUACUACUACUAUUAUUAUUAUUAUUAUUAUUAUUAUUUUUUAUAUUUUUGAUCCGGAUCCAGCCCUGACUGUUCAAUGGAAGUAUGUUAUCAGCUGCCGGUUUUGCCUCUAGACAGGCCGGUUCCCAAGCAUGUACUCAGCCGGAGGGGGGCCAUUAGUUUCAGCUCCAGCUCUUCUCUCUUCGGGGCUCCUGAUCCAAGACAGCUGUCACAGAGACGAGGGGCCAUCUCUUACGACAGCUCCGACCAAACGGCGCUGUACAUUCGCAUGCUAGGAGAUGUGAGAGUGAGAAGUCAGGUUGGAUUUGAACCGGAACGAAGAAGCUCCCACCCCUACCUGUGCAUCGACUUCCGAACUCUUCACACGCGGCUGAGCUGCGGGUCCACGUCGGCCGCCUCUGGUCCUGAAAGGAGGGUCCACAGACUGCUCAGCUUCCAGAGAUACCUGCACUCGUCCCGCCUGCUACGGGGAGUUCCCCAGCAGAUCCCCCUCCACAUCCUCGAUGAAGAUUACACUGGACAGGCUAGAUGCAUGCUGGAAAAAGUCGGGAACUGGAAUUUUGACAUUUUCCUCUUUGAUAGGUUGACCAACGGUAACAGCCUGAUCACCCUGACCUACCACCUCCUGAACCAGUACGGCCUGGUGGAGCUCUUCCAGCUGGACAUGGUCAAACUCUGGAGGUUUUUGGUGAUGGUUCAGGAGGACUACCACAGUGACAACCCGUACCACAACGCGGUCCAUGCCGCAGAUGUCACACAGGCCAUGUACUGCUACCUGCGGGAACCCAUGCUCGCGAAGUCCCUGACCUCCUACGACAUCCUACUGGGACUCCUAGCGGCCGCCACGCACGACCUGGGCCACCCUGGGGUCAACCAGCCUUUCCUCAUCAAGACUGACCACUAUCUAGCCACACUCUAUAGAAAUACCUCAGUUCUUGAAAACCACCACUGGAAGUCGGCAGUGGGUCUGCUCAGAGAGACUGGGCUGUUCUCCCAUUUGCCUCCUGAGGACAGCCUGAACCUGGAGAGAGAAUUGGGCUCCUUAAUCCUGGCCACGGACAUCAGCAGACAGAACGAUUACCUGUCCAGGUUUCGCAUGCACCUGGACCAGGAGAACCUGUGCUUGACCAGCGCCAGCCACCGACACUUCCUCCUGCAGAUGGCUCUGAAGUGUGCGGACAUCUGUAAUCCCUGCAGACCGUGGGAGCUGAGCAAACAGUGGAGCGAGAAAGUGACAGAGGAGUUCUUCCAACAAGGAGACAUUGAGAAGAAGCACAAACUUGAAGUGAGUCCGCUUUGUGACAGAGAGAGGAACACAGUUGGCAACAUUCAAAUAGGCUUUAUGACAUACGUGGCAGAGCCUCUGUUUGCAGAGUGGGCCCGUUUCUCCGACACGCGCCUGUCCCAGACCAUGCUGGGCCACAUGGGGCUGAACAAGGCCAGCUGGGGCAGCCUGCUGCAGGAGCAGACGCCCAUCUCCGAAGAGGCGGAGCCGAGCGCAGCCGGCCCGGACAGAGAGGAGGCCGCGGCGAGAAGAGACAGCAGCGCGGCCGCAGGAGGAACCAGCUCCAAAGAAAUACCUCAGGGAAGCAGAGAAUCCUGACACUCCUUUUUUUGUGCCCUUUCACCUCAACCUCCUGACCCACGACCCCCGGCCUCAGGGCCUCACCACACACUGAGGGCCAGGCGGGGCACCAUCCACUGCUGCCCCACCUGAUCCUAACACCUUGUUUAUGUUUUGUUGCUUUGGCCUCCCAUCUUGAAAAACCACUGAUUUUAUUUAAUUUAUUUAAUUUUUAAAUUCCUUUUUUUUUUUUUUUUUUUUGGCAUAGAGCAAUACAUAGAUACCUCAUUUGGCUACUGCUGUAUUUUCUUUUAUUUGCUUUGUUUUUAUUUAUUUCUCCACCGUAGUUUUGGCAUUACUGACUGAACACACCACUUUUUUUUGCUGGUGAACCACAAAGGGGAAAGCAGUAUAAGAACUGAAGAAAACAUUUUUUUUUCCUGGUAUUUUGAAGUGCCAUUUGAAAACAAAAAGAUUCGAAGAAUGGACUGAAUUGACUGAGAAUACUGGAGUAUUGAGACACAAGACCCUCCGAAGAGGGAGUGAUGCGGUGUUGCAUUUGUAUUGAUUCUUCCUCAUGUAAAAAAACGACAACAACAACAACAACAACAACAAAAAAAAAUGUGACAAGCCCAGUCCUUUUGCUGCCUCUACGAAGACUGUUUACGCAUCACCGUGUUUGUUGUACCUUUCCCUUGAACUGGAGUGAAUCACGUCGGCUCCGCGGUCUGCCUUCGAAGCACAGAUGUGAAGAACCACUCGUUUGAACUGUCAUCCCACUGUUGAAGCCAUGAGCAGAACCUUAUUCAGACACACCAGAUGCCAUAAACGACUCCACCUGUGCUACCAUGUGUUCUUGCACUCCUAAAUAACGAUGGCGUUGGACGCGCAGCUCCGUCUACCAUGACCUCUCCAAGACAUCCUGUGAAGGUAUUACUGGAAUUAGUCAUUUUUCCGACGUUUCCGCAUCCUCCGGUCCUGGCUGAACUCCGAAGAAGGGGUCGGGCGGGAGGGGGGGAGCUGGGGGGCUUCCCUGCCAGGCUGGAGACUAGUCAGUCACUGCACACGCUUCAAACCUGGAACUCCACUCCACUCCACGCAACUCAACUCGCUCAGGUUUUUGCCAGUCUCUUAUUAGAGGGAGACGGGGGAGGAGGCGACUACGGACGGUGCAAGGUUGUUGGCUGGGAUCUACUGAAGGAGACUCCCUCUCAGCAGAAUGUCUCUCACAGCCACAUGAAACCUAAAGGACUGCUCGACUGAUGCCUUAUAACUAUGCACAAACUAUGCUAAGUGACCAAACCAACUCCUGUUCCCAUCAAGUGCAUGGUGUGCUUGUCUUUGAAUGCACUGUCCGAUCCCUUUGCCUUUUUUUGUUGUGGGGAACAACUCCAGCUGUCCUUCUUUCUUUUCUCUUUUCCUCCUCCUUCUUCUUCUUCUUCUUCUUCUUUUUGUACGGAAACAAAAUGGUCGAGUGAAUUUGAACAUUCCGUUUCUUUGUGUUUGGUUUGUCAACUUUGAUUCUGUAUAGUGGCACAAAUUGUGUUUGUGUUUAAACAACUGAACGAUAACAGGUGCUUUUCUUACUUUAGCUGAUUUGUAUUUUUGCUGUAAGUGCUGUAAGACUGUUGAUAAAACUGUUUACAAUUUGUUGCGACAGCCAUUUUUGGGAAGACUUCGGUGUCGAGCCAGAUUUUGUAAAGGCUUUGCUGUAUUGACCUUUUUGAUACAUGCCUGUUGCAGUUACGAUUUGAAUAAUAAAACCUGUUGUUGAUAAA